CAUAGAGAGUACAUCUAAAAUGGCAGCAAAAUUUAUACUAUUUUGUGGCAUUUUAGUUAUUAUAUCGAGUACAAAAGCUGCGGAACCCUCAAAUCUAUUACAAAACUAUAUACCUAUAAUUAUGCAAAAAUACUAUAAGUUGGCACCCACCAAGGCCGGUUACCAUUUAGUUGUAGAAAAUCCAAAUGGCAGUAAACUUGAAGAAAUGCAAAUGAUUUUGAAUCCUGGUACACCCGAACAGGAAACCGUUGUUAUGGGCAUGUAUAGAGUAUUUCACGACAAAACCGAUACGGAAAGUAUAACCAUGUAUACGGCAGAUAAGAAUGGUUAUAAACCACGUCUAAGAAUAAAGCGAAGUGUUAAAUCAACAGAUUUAAAGAAAUCAUUAAUAUCAGGAUAA